CCCGGAAGAAGGAAGAGAUUUCGCAGAGUGGGGAAAGUCUGUUGACAGCAGGAAUCACACCCAGGCCACUGACAAGUUUGAACACAUUUUCUGCCUCAGUAAAUCUGCCCGGGAUAGUGUUUUGGUUUUGGACCUUGCAGGAGCUCUCAAGGUAUGGAAUAUGGCAGCGACUGAAACUCAGUUUAUGUUAAGCGUCGGAUUAAUCGAGAAAGAUGUGAAUGGAGACACACUGUGGGUUUGGUGCUAUCCCUCCGUGGACUCAGACCUGAGGCAAGUCCUGCUCAGCAAGUGCUGCCUGACGCAGGACAGCCGGGAUUUCCACACCUUUGUGUUUGGUCAGUUCUGCCGUACCUGGUACUACAUUACCACAGUGGAGGUACAGGAACCUACAGCACUAAACAAGGUCACUCAUUUUUCAAUAGUUGUCACAGCAAAAGACUUCAACCCAGAGAAGUAUGCUGCACUCAGUAGAAUACUCUGCAGGAUGUACAUCAAACACGGCAGUCCAGUGAAGAUGAUGGAGGCUUACAUCACCGUUCUCACCAAAGGAAUUUGUCAGAGUGAUGAAAAUGGCUCGUUCCUCAUCAAGGACUACGAUGUUCGGAAGGCGUACCUGGCCGGUUCAGUCAAAGAUGUGGUGUCUCAGUUUGGUUUGGAGACGAUCAUCCUGUACACUGCUCUCAUGCUGAAGAGGAGGAUCGUCGUCCAUCACCCUCGUAUCGAAGCGUUGUUGGAGUUCACCAGAGUUCUGCCGGCUCUGACGUGGCACAGGAAAGACUGGUCCAUCCUGCACCCGUACGUGCACCUGACUGAUACUGAAGUGGAGGAUUUAAAGAAAUGCCCCGGGUAUGUAGCAGGAUUUGUAGAUCCAGAAGUGAGCAACAGAUCAGACUUGUUUGAUGUGUUCGUGAACCUCCCCGACAGUGUCAUCACAGUAUCCCAGAGCGCCAAAGAGGCCAUGGCUAUGGGGAAGCUACACAAGGACGUCGGCCACCUCAUCGUCCAGUCUGCAGAGGAUGCUGAGAGGUCAGACAGUCAGGUGAUCAAGGACAUCUCUGUGAAGACCAAAGAGAUCCUCGCCAACCUGGUCGCCCUGGCUGACGAGUGUGAGGACUCCAAAAUCACACUGGAAGGUUUAAAGCAGCGUCACUUCCCUCCAGCGACGGAGAACUUCCUCUUUCAUUUGGCAGCUGCCGAGCAACUCCUGAGGAUAUAAACUCCAUUUCAGACGCUCGGCUGCAGGAUGAUGUCGCUGUCAGCAGCUGUGGGCUCGGUGGUGUUUUGUAUACGUCAGGAUAAAUACUGUUUUCUGAAAGGCUUGUACAGACUCUCGCUGUUAUCAUGAGAGUGUGCACAAGACGCUCUCUCACAGAAACCUUCAUGUGAAGUAGGAAAGUGUCACUAGCAUCAGAUUUUAGCUUACGCUGUUGUGCUAAUGAGACGUGACUCAUAUCUUGUACCAAUACAAGGGUGUUUGACAAUAAUUUAUAUAUUUUUUUUUAUUGCCAACAAAUCUCAUGAAAAAACCAAAACAAACAAGUAUUGUGUGUGUAGUCAAAGCCUGAUUAUAUGUGAUUCAUCUGUGCCAUAGAGCUCCACUGUCGUUCAGAAGCUGUUGAAGCUCUGUUACACUGGGAGACAUGCUCUGUAGUUCAUUUCGAGUCAAUCACCCCAUACACAGUCCCGCUGCUGUUAAUACUCACUAGAAUGCCAAAUGUGUAUUAAUCCGCAGCUGGAAAUAGUCCCCAAUAAAUGCACUAUUUACUGCAGUCUGAGUAGUGUUUGCUAAAAACUACAGUG